AUCCCUUUCCUUACAGUUUCCUGGCAGUUGCAAGAAACAUAGAGUGACAUUCUACAUCUGUGUUUACACUGUGUAGCUCUACUAGUGGGUCACGGACAGACGGUCAGGUUUACCUUACCGUUUCAUGUAUCAUAACUGUACCAGACUUACUUUCAUUCUUCAACAGCUGCAUGAAGAUAUGGAGCGUUUAAUAUGAUGUGCACCGGUUCUUUGAUGUGUUCCUUUAAUUAAAAGAUGGACUUUAUAUUCUUUAAAAAUUUUGACAUGGAUUUGAAGGGCAUCAUGUUUUUGUCACUCAAAAUAUCUUGGAGGUAACUGGGAGAUCCACCUGUAAGAAGCAUUUCGCUGGUCUCCGGUCUUGCAUCUCAGCCACAAUGUUUUCCACCUGGAUGCUACAUAUGAGUGUACUUGCUCUGCUUGUCAUAACCACCAGCGCUGACCACUGUCCACUUCAUAAAGUCACACCUGGGACUGGGUCUCCAAUUAUGGAUUCUUUGCAGUGCUACAGUGACUUUAUGACCCAGGUACGAUGCGCAUGGGAGGAUACAAAUGUUCAUUCACACACAGCAGGAAAUACAUCAUCACAGACACUGUACUACAGGGACGUCAGAGCUCGGAACAAAAAUGAAAUACGUUGCAUCUCGAAUGGACCCGGUGUGCUUUUAUCCAAUGGGAAGGUCUCUCACAGCUGUCACUAUAACACCAGAAGGUUUAGCAGUGUAACAUUUCACAAUCUAUACUUCAGAGUACCCUGUUUAUCAAAACCCACAACUCUUAGAGUAGCCCAGCAGGGAAAAGUUCUCGCCCCGAUUGACUUGACAGAGGAGUUGGCUGAUGGGAAAGGUCAUCUGCUGUCCUGGAGAAGCCCUUAUCCAGCAUCCUCAAAUAUCACAGGAACACUCGUGUACCAGCUUCAUUAUCGCAGAUAUGGGGAUGACUGGAUAGUGGUGGACAACAUCAAUGCCUCUAAGUAUAUGAUUGAAAGGGAGUCACUGUUGCCGGGGUAUCCAUACCAAGCCAGAGUGAGGGCACGGGCUGCUGUUGGACUCUGGAGUGACUGGAGCCCCCCAGUGUCCUGGAGGACACACAAUGAUGGUGUCUUUAACCUGCAGUGUGUGAUAGAGGGAGAAACCACUGUGACGUGCUCCUGGCAGAUGAAAACCGAACUUUCUCACUUUAUCUCUUAUCAUCUCUGUGGUCAUGACAAUGACAGCAGCCUAGCCUUUGAAUGUUGUAAAAACCCUCUGCUGAAGUCCAGUGGCCCUGAGCUGUCAGAGUUUACCUGUUCUGUGAAGACCUCUGACCCUUCCCUGUUAACCGUGGAGCUGAGGCCAGUGUACUACAGUAGGGCAUUUAAUAUGGCAAAACAUAUUCAACUUCCGCAACUCGACCCGGUCAAUGUGGAGGCAGAUGGUGUUGUCAACAUAACCUGGUCUUUACCAGAAGUCUCUGAACUUCUUGACUUCCAAAUCCAGCUACAAAUCUGUACCAAAAAGAGCUCAGUGCUCUAUAACAUUACUCAGGGGCAGAGCAGGUUUGAGAUUCUCUCUAGCUCUCUACAACAUUCAAUACAGUACCAGGCCUACAUUAGAUUGCAGCAUAUACCUGAUCCUGAUGGUCUUUUCGUAGUUUGGCCAUCAGAAUGGUCCCAGCCAACGCCAUUUACCAUCUAUCGAGCUUCAUGGCCCAUCAGCAAUACAAUCUACAUGUUGGCUAGUGUGUUUGUGGCUGUGCUCUUCAUCAUCUUGUAUAACAUCCUUCCAGCCUGUCACAGAAGGACAGAGUUAUGGAAGGGAUCGAUUCCCUCGCCCAUAAAUAGCAGAGUAAUUGAGGGAAUGAUCAAGAAGUCUUCCACUGGAAGGCCGGAUCUUCAGAGUGAGAAAGAGAAAACUUCAACAUGUGUCCUCCUGGCUACAGACGAUAUCAGCAUCUGUAAAAGCAGUGUCUCUGAGAAGCCACUUCUAUUACACAGUAAAGACAUGAAUUUAGACCCUACCACUGUCAAAACGCGAUGGUCAGCUGAAUCAAACUACUUCCACUCCUACGUGGGGGAGGGUAUGUGCCAAGACAAAUCAGGCAUGAGCUUCACUGGGCCCUAUAUUCUUUGCUGUGAGGAUUCUAUCCCCAAGGACAAAAUAUCUGAUGUGUUCUCUGAUGGAGAUGACACAUGCAUGCCUGGAAAGUCUGUGAAUUCUGCUCCAAUAAAUGGAGGAUAUGUUAUGACUCCUCCCACCAGCAUGCCUGCAAUUCAAGACUCCGCCCUCUCUAAGAUUUCACCCCUUAACUGUUCUGAUGAUCCCCCUGAGUACACCCCCAGUGUAGAUCAUGGUAGUAUGGUCCUCCCUCAUCCAUCUGGCUACUUCAUGCUGCCAGUGGGCCACGACACUGGUAUGGGCCAAUCAGAGCCUAGAGAGUAUGUUAUGCUGGCAAACUCUGGAACAUAAUGAUCAAAUGACUGGUGGCUUGGUGCUUUUAAAAAGACUGUGUAAACUCAAAGCAACUUUUAAUGAGAGGGGUCAAAAAGAGAGGACCAGGGCUUGAAGAGGACAUGAUAUUGAGCACAAUGAAUGUAGUUCAAAUUUUUGCUUUAUAUAAACUUUCACUUUAAGAGCAUUGUCUAGCUAUGGAUAAGCGGAUCACAUGCUCAUUCUGAAGGGGGUGAAAGUCUCAUUGGAUCUUAGAAAUUCAGAGAGAGUUGAGUUAAAGCUAUUAUGCUGUUGUGCUAUGACAGUCUGACCAACAGAUGACAGUGUUGCGUAAAAUUAAUGUAAAAUGGUAUCUCUAACUAUAGAGUGAACAAUGCAUUAGUUGACAAUGUAAAUUUCUGUUUUUGCCUCACAUCCCAAUGCAGAAUGUGUUUUAUAUCCAUUAUGUCUUUAAUUUAAUUAUUAUCAUUAUUAUUUUUUAAUUAUUAUACUGAAAAAAGUAAAUAAAAAGUAACAAUUAUACAUAGAGUGCAUCACAAGUAUACUGUUCUUUUCCAUUUUUAACCAUAUUUAGAAAAUUAUGGGAAAACUAACUCUUAAAAAAGUCUGAUUCAAUAUUUUUUUCUAUUUUGUUACAAGUAAAACAGCCUAUGCUGACUGAUUAUUUUUUCUUCAUUAAUUAAUGCAAUUACUAAAAUAAUGUUGUGUAGUGUUGUGUUUAUCCCUUCUACUGUGAAAUGGUUUGUAUUAUUUCAAAUGUAAUUAUAAAGAUAUGCUUGAAAAUGAACCAGAUGUUUAAAAUGGUUCAUGCAUUCCUUACGUGUUCUUCAGCAGAAGUGUUUGCAAACUAUCUUUACUCAAACACCAAAUAUUAAAGAUUUUGCUACAUUU